GCGGCGUUACCAUGGCAACCACAGUGAACACAAAACGGUGCGUGGCGCUGCAGCAACAAAACACGACCUCAUAGACACUAAACAUGGAGAAGUACGAGAAGGUUUUGUGUUUGGGCAGAGGAGGAGCAGCAGACGUGUUUCUGAUGAGACACUUGGAGCUGGGCAGCCUGUCGGCUGUGAAGAGGAUCAAAGUGGAGAAGACCGGGGCAGAAAACACACCCAGGGCUGUUCUCCAGGAGGCCCACAUCAUCAGGAGGCUGCAGCACCCAAACAUUGUGCACUGCAGCGAUGCAUUCAUGAACCCUGCAGACGGAUUCAUCUACAUCGUGAUGAGCUACUGCGAUGGAGGAACGCUGGACGACAAGGUGAAAGAGAGGAAACCUCAGGACUUUUUCACAGAGGACACAGUGAUGGGCUGGUUUGUGCAGGUGGCUGUGGCUGUCAGCUACAUACACGAAGCCAGAAUCCUGCACCGGGACAUCAAAACCUCCAAUGUGCUGCUGACCAAGCAAGGCCUGGUGAAGUUGGGAGACUUUGGCAUAUCCAGAGUGAUGACCAACACCACUGACAUGGCAUCCACAUGCGUUGGGACGCCCAGCUACCUCAGUCCUGAGCUCUGUCAGGACGUCCCGUACAGCUGCAAGUCCGACAUCUGGGCCCUCGGGUGUCUCCUGUAUGAGAUCUGUGCUCUCAGGCCUCCUUUUGCAGCCACAAACCUCCUGAGUCUGUUCUACAAGAUCACCAAAGGAGAGUACGAUCCUGUGCCUGACGCAUUCUCACACGAUAUUUCCUGUUUGGUUCACAAAAUGCUCAGCCUCAAUCCAGAAAACAGGCCGAGUGCUGCUUGUAUACUCAGCAGUGCUUAUGUGCAACAUCACCUGGAGGCUAUCCAGGAGAGACAGACAGGUUUUACCCCUGUGGCUGAUGUUAACAACGAAGGAAAAACCACAGAAAUGAAUAAAACACUGGGGUCACAUGUUCUCAGUCAGUUGUGGGAGGAGACAAGUGAUGCAGAGGAGGAAGACGCCGGUGAGCAGAGCAGCUGCUUCUAUCCUGAGGACUUUGAUGAAGAUGGAAGUUCUCAUAACGAACACUCGAGGACCAGGAGCGAUUCAGCCGAGUCUGUCGGUAAUGUAGAAAAAUAUUUCCCGAUGCUUCAGAACAAUUUGAAUAUCCGGAUGACUUUGAGGAAGAUGAGGAAAAAGAAGACCAGGAUGCAGACUUUGUCCAAACUGCAUCUCCUCAGCAGCCACAUGAUGAUACACUGGUGGAGGAAUUUCAGCUGUGCGACGCUGGAGGACUGACCGUCACACUGAAAGCACUGAAGGAAAAGGGCUGAAAACUUCUGCAUCCCUAAAAAAAACUGCAAAUCAGGAUGGACCAGGGUAUUAAAUAAAAGGAUCACAGUGCUCCGAAGUAUUUUUAAAGUGCCAAGGUUGGUUAGGUGUUUCUAAA